UCCUGAGCUGCAGAAGCAAAUGGAGCUCCUGGGAGCAGCCACUGUUGUCCUCCUAGUCUGCAUUGCUUGCCUGCUCUCCAUUGUAGCAUGGAGAGGAAGAUCUGGAAAGGGGAAGAUGCCUCCAGGACCAGCUCCCCUUCCCAUCCUAGGUAACAUGCUGCAGGUGAAACCAAAGAACUUGGCCAAAACCCUCCAGAAGAUCAGUGAAGAGUAUGGACCAGUGUUCACAGUACAUCUGGGCUCUGACCCAGUGGUGGUGCUGUAUGGACAUGAUGUAGUGAAAGAAGCCUUGGUUGAUCGUGCAGAUGAGUUUGCUGCCAGAGGACACAUGCCAAUAGGAGACAGAGCUAACAACGGUUUAGGGAUUAUUUUUAGCAACAAUGAGGAAUGGUUACAAGUCCGGAGGUUUGCUCUCACCACUCUGCGCAACUUUGGAAUGGGGAAGAGGAGCAUUGAAGAGAAGAUCCAGGAGGAAACUGAAUACUUGCUGGAAGAGAUCACCAAAACAAAGGGAACACCUUUUGACCCAACCUUCAUGCUGAGCUGCUCUGUCUCCAAUAUCAUAUGCUCCAUCAUCUUUGGGAAACGAUAUGACUAUAAAGACAAGAAGUUCCUGUCCCUGAUGAACAAUAUGAACAAUAUUUUUGAGAUGAUGAACUCCCACUGGGGACAGCUCUACCAGAUGUUCUCAAAGUUCAUGGAUUACUUGCCUGGCCCACACAACAAAAUAUUCAAAGAAUUCGAUGAUCUAAAAGCCUUUGUGUCAGAGGAGGUGAAGACGCAUAAAGCCUCCCUAGAUCCCAGCUCCCCUCAGGAUUUCGUUGACUGCUUCCUCAACAAAAUGCAGGAGGAAAAAGAACAUCCCAAUUCCAGUUUCCACGAGAAGAACCUGAUAACUAGCACUUUCGACUUGUUCAUUGCUGGAACUGAGACAACUAGCACCACCGUAAGAUACGGGCUUCUGCUGCUUCUCAAAUACCCGAAGAUACAAGAGAAAGUUCAAGAAGAGAUUGACCGGGUAGUGGGACGGUCACGAAGACCUUGUGCAGCUGACCGGACCCAGAUGCCCUACACAGAUGCGGUGGUCCAUGAAAUCCAGCGCUUCAUCUCCCUUGUCCCCCUAGGUCUCCCUCACACUGUGACCAAAGACACCUGCUUCAGAGACUAUGUCAUUCCCAAGGGCACCACAAUCUUUCCCAUCCUCGAUUCUGUUCUUCAUGACAGUAAAGAGUUCCCAAACCCAAAUGAGUUCAACCCUGGACAUUUCUUGAAGGAGAAUGGUGCCUUUAGGAAGAGUGAGUUCUUCAUGCCCUUCUCAGCAGGGAAGCGAAUAUGCCCUGGAGAAGGCCUGGCACGCAUGGAGAUAUUCUUACUCUUGGCCACCAUCUUGCAGAACUUCACCUUGAAGCCUGUUGUUGACCCCCAGAAACUCAACAUAACCCCAACACUGAGUGGGACAGGCAACGUACCUCCUGUCUACCAACUCUGUGCUCUCCCCCGCUGAAAAGCACAAAACCGUUCUCUACGGUAUACUGAGCUUGGCUACUCCUUUACAUCUCCCUUACUAAAAAAAAUGGCAGUAGCAUUGCCGCCCCCUUCCAAGGCCUCCAGGAAGGCAGCCCAAGUGCAGGUACGUGCAUAGAGCAGACACCUUCAAAGCCACCCAGAACUGCUCCACCACAUCGCAGAGAGGCCCUGGGUGACACUGCAGCCUGUUGCACUGAUGCUCUGUCCACAGGCUUAUUGAGCUCAGCGGCUGCAUCAAACAGCUGAUUUUCCCACAAACAUGACUCCCAUGGCUGCCCAUGACUGCUUCUCCUGCAGCACAUGUCCCACCAAGAGCAGCAAGCUUUGCAGAUGGAUAGUGCUGCAUGUGUGUACAUCAAUGACCCAAUAAAGAAAAAGCUAUUUAUGAGG